ACAUUAUAAUAUUAUACAAAAGAUUAUAUAAAGUAGCUGUAAUAGAGGUGUUUGUGUAGAGAGAAGAGGAGUGUGUGGGGGCGGGGCGGCGGGGCGGAGCAGCCUGGCAGCCUCCAUAACAGCCACCAGCAGCCCCUCUACACUCAACAUGAUCCGGUUCAUUCUCAUCCAGAACCGGGCUGGCAAGACGCGGCUGGCAAAGUGGUACAUGAAUUUUGAUGAUGAUGAGAAGCAGAAGCUGAUUGAGGAGGUUCAUGCAGUGGUGACAGUGCGUGAUGCCAAACACACCAACUUUGUGGAGUUCCGUAACUUCAAGAUUGUAUACCGCCGCUACGCUGGGCUGUACUUCUGCAUAUGUGUGGACAUAGCAGACAACAACCUGGCUUACCUGGAGGCCAUUCACAACUUUGUGGAGGUGCUCAAUGAGUACUUCCACAAUGUGUGUGAGCUGGACUUGGUGUUCAAUUUCUAUAAGGCAUACAGUGUGGUGGAUGAGAUGUUCCUGGCUGGAGAGAUCAGGGAGACCAGCCAAACCAAGGUACUCAAGCAGCUCCUCAUGCUCAACUCCUUAGAGUAACAUGGUGCACUCCACUGUUUCUCUACUGGCUGGCUCUUCUAACACCCAAGAGAGAGAGAGAGAGAGAGAGAGAGAGAGAGAGAGAGAGAGAGAGGGAGGGGGGGAAACAGAAAUGGAAAAAGUGUGACAAGGCAGCAUGGGAUAUCACCACAGCCACUCCCUUGGGUUAUGUAUAUAUGUACCCUAAGACAUCCACAGUCUGGCCAGCACUGUUGUAGGCUGUGAGGAGUGCUGCUCAGUGCUUGGUUUGUCUGUGGAACAAAGUAUGUAUAUUUAGCGUGUAUGUAAAGUAUUAGUGAGGGAUGCUUGUGGCAGGUGGAAAUACACACUUCUUUCAACAAAACUCAAUCAGGGUUAUAUGCCACUGGUCUCACACACACACACACACACACACACACACACACACACACACACACACACACACACACACACACACACACACACACACACACACACACACACACACACACACACACACACACACACACACACACACACACACACACAUACAGUUCACAUGAUGGCCAGUGAGUGGAACAAAGUGUCUUUAUGCCUUGGUUUUGUGGUUGUGUUUCAGACAUGUGUAGUCUCAGGUUUUGUUGGCUGGUGUGGUCACUGGAGGUGCAGUGCUCCUGAACAUUGCUUGAGUUCAUGAAUGUAAUAUUCUCCUGUUUAAAGUGAAAUGUAUCUUGAAAUCAUUCUGUCUCCUCUUACUCUCUCUGUUCAUUGCUGUUGUCCUUCCUUUUCUUCUUUUCAUCAUAUUCAAUCAAGUUUCCACUCUCUCUAUGACAAAUGGCUUUUUCACCCUUCUCUCAACAAUGCUGUAGUUUGACACAUCUGGUCCACACAUGGGAGUUGUAGGACAAUAACAGGAACAUGUAGCAAUACAGAAAGCAUCUCCUGAGUGGCAGAUGGCAAGGCAUUCCAAGGGAGCACCACCAGACUCUGACCUAUGUGUGUUGGCCACAAGGGAGCGUGGUGUAGUGGUGUAGUGUGUAGUGAGGACAGGACGCCCCUCUGAGCCAUGUAGACAUACAGAUACACUCCCAAACACAAAGACAACAACGAUGUGUUCAGUAAUGUAGUUCAGGCGGCCGCGGCAUGUGGACCCAUGGAUGUCUCAGCUGACUCCUGAAAAACACACACACACACGUGGAUCAAAGAGGCUAAGUUAAUCACACAAGUGCUUUAUCUUUAUUUUUCCAUUUUCCAUUUGUAUUCUGUCUUGCCUCAGUGGAUGUGUCGUUACAUUCCAGCCGAGGAGCACUUGUAAGACGUUGAAGUGUGUUGUGUGUGUGUGUGUGUGUGUGUGUGUGUGUGUGUGUGUGUGUGUGUGUGUGUGUGUGUAAUUUAGUUCAGCAUGAGUGAGGGCCGAGUGGUGAGCUCACUACUUCCAAUACUUGGUGAGAGAAUCCUGACAAGAGUUGUGUGUAGUAUGUAUGUCUGUAGGUUAUGUUAGGUACAUACUCAUCGAGAAGACAGUGAGUAAAACGUGUUGUGCAUUGUUAUUGUUGCUCUUUACAGUUUUCCCUUUAGUUUUUUCUUUGAUACACUCGAGGCAGUCAGUUGGUUAGCACACAGCAGGGAUAAUUUUGAAUUUUACACUUGUAUUUAGAUCAAGACCAGACUCAGAGUGUGUGUGUGUGUGUGUGUGUGUGUGUGUGUGUGAAAUGAUGAUACCUAUACUUUGUGCGAAGUUCCAAAUCUUCAUCUCGAAAUCAUUGUAAUGUUAAGGUCAUGUCACCCCGUUUAAAAAAAUAAGUGAAAUCUGGCAGUGGAUUUAGGUUUUUCUUGUUGUAUACUUAAAAUGUUUAUUAAUAAUAUUAUAAAUUAUGAAUAAUUAUAGAUCUUUCCCUGUGUGUGUAUGUAUGUGUUUGAGAGAGAGAGAGAGAGAGAGAGAGAGAGAGAGAGAUGUCUUUCUAUGUGCCUGUCUUGAAUUUCCUUGUCACUUUGUGGUCAUGAUCUUUGGCAAUGUAGUCUUGUCUCAAUACAUGUUUUUGAAGUAAA